GGGCGGGCGUCGCUGCGGGAACACGGUGCUGCUGCUUCCCUGCCGCGCCCGGCUGCCGAUGGCCCCUCCUCGAGUGCCCAGCCCCGGGCACCCCACCGCUGCGGACCCCAAAUGUGGCCCCGCCCCAGGAAUUUCCCCCCGGGGGGGGGGGUGUCUUCCCGCGUCCCGCCAGGUGUGCGCGGUGGCGUCGCGCUGCCAAGGGCAGAGUUUACAAGGGGGUGUUUCCCCCUCGAGCUUGUGGAGUCCAGAGCAGCCUGCGGGGUGUCUCGUGUUGGCCCCUCCUUGCUGUCUAUAAGAAAAUUCUGCAAUGCUAUUUUGAGUGAGUGAAGCAGAGGAGAAUGAAAAAUGCUCAGACAAACAGCAGUGACAGUUACUGUGGCAACCCUGUUGAGCGUUGCAGUAGGGGGUCUCGUUUUGUGGAAAGUAAGCCAGCGUCGGAAAGAAAGGGUCCGUGGUGGUGGUAAACAAGGUGGAGCUCUGAGAAGGUCAGGCGAUGAGGAACUGACGGAAGUGGAGGAGAAGGAGUUGCAUUCAUAUGUCGGUUCUCCCACCAUUUCCUGGGUAGAGGAGAUCCUUGGUGCAAAAAUAGUGAUAGUUUCAGAGGCAGAGGAGUGGGAUCAAGUGGAACCAUUACUGAAGAAGGAGCUGCAGAGGUGGCCAGUGCUUGGGAUUGACUGUGAGUGGGUGUCAGUGGAAGGAAAGGCCAGUCCUGUAUCCCUCUUACAGAUGGCCUCUUCCAGUGGCUUUUGCAUUCUUGUUCGAUUGCCCAGGUUGGUUAGCAGUGGACAGACUGUCCCAAAGUCUUUACUGGACAUCUUGGCAGAUAGCACUAUAUUAAAAGUUGGCGUUGGAUGUUGGGAAGAUUCUUGCAAGCUACUUCAGAACUAUGGCCUUGCAGUCAAAGGGAGCAUAGAUCUCCGGUACCUAGCCAUGAGACAGAGGAAGGAUCUGCUCUGUAAUGGACUCAGCCUCAAAUCUCUAGCUGAGAAAGUCCUGAACUGCCCACUCGACAAGUCUCUUCGCUUGCGCUGCAGCAACUGGGAGGCAGAAGAGCUGACUCAAGACCAGGUCACUUAUGCUGCCAAGGAUGCCCAGGUCUCAGUGGCUCUGUUUCUCCAUCUGCUGGGAUUUUUCUUCAUCCCUGCUACAAGUGGAGGUGAAAAUGCUGCUGUUGUUUGGGAAAAAGUACUGGGCAAGUGCCAGGGCUUGACGGAUGUCCCAUUCAGAGGAAGAAGCAGCAGCAGUCUAGGAGACGAUGGAAAUGGAGAGGCGGACGCCCAGCAGAAACCAAGGAAUCGGAAGUCUGCAACUAAUGGCCAGUCCCCAGUACAUCAACAAGUGAAGGAUCCCCGCAAACAGAAGCGAAAACCUCUGGGUGUAGGAUAUUCUGCAAGAAAAUCUCCCCUGUAUGAUAACUGCUUCCUGCAUGCACCAGAUGGACAGCCUCUGUGUACUUGUGAUCGCAAAAAGGCCCAGUGGUACCUGGACAAGGGCAUUGGAGAGUUGGUGAGCACAGAUCCAUUUGUUGUGAAGCUGCAGUUCGAGCCCUCAGGACGUCCUGAGUCCCAAGUCGAUUACUAUCUGACAGUCAAGGAGAACUUGUGUGUGGUGUGUGGCAAGAGAGAGUCCUACAUCCGGAAGAACAUUGUACCUCACGAGUACAGGAGACACUUUCCCAUCCAGAUGAAGGACCACAACUCCCAUGACGUACUGCUGCUUUGCACUUCCUGCCAUGCCAUUUCCAAUUACUACGACAAUCAUCUCAAGCAGCAGCUGGCCGAGGAGUUCAGUGCCCCCAUUGGCUGUGAGGAAGGGGUACGCCUGCUAGAGGACCCCCUGCGAAGGCAGGUCCGGUCAGGGGCCAGGGCUUUGCUGAAUGCAGACAGCCUGCCUGACACCAGGAGGGAGGAGCUGUUGCAAGGAAUCAAGGACUUCUUUAACACAGAGACCGUUACAUCAGAGAUGCUCCAGGAAGCAGCAGGCCUGGAAACCAGGAUUUGGAAUGAGCACUAUGUGCCGCAUGGGCUGAAGGUGGUGCAGAGCUUCGCCAAAGGGGGGCUGCGCUCGCUCAUGGAGCUGGAGGGGCGCUGGCGGCAGCACUUCCUGGACACCAUGCAACCGAAGCACCUCCCAAGGCGGUGGUCGGUCAACCACAAUCAUGGGAAGCUGAUUCGAAAAUAUGGGGAGGACCUUCGGAUCCAGCUGUCGUGAGAGCGACUCCAGACAGCGACUGGAAGGACUGUUUGACUCUCAUCUCCCCGUUGGAACCGCAAGCUCCUGGGUGCGGGAUGGCCCACGGAGACUCCCAUUGUCAUCAGUGGCUCUGCUGGGACUCGACAACCCUACCAAUGGUUAAAUCACGUGACUUCAAUGUUAAAAGGUGGUUGGGAAUUUUUAACCAUAGUCUGAAUAGAGCUGCUUUGUUCCUCACCCUCUUGUUCUACAGAGAGGGGGCCCUCGUGUAUGCAGACAUGAGCCCCUCCCUUUUUAUUAGACUGUUUGUUUGUUUCAAUCCACAGGGGGUGUGCUAAGGAGACUUCUCCUCUGCUCAAAGUGACCAUUCAAAAAUUGGCACUUUCCUAACUGUUCUGAUCCCUCUGCCAUCUUUGGUGAGUGAUGAACAGGGCAGAUUCAGCCAUAGAGGUUAUAGCAGCGUGAAUUUGUGAUGACCAGCCAUCCCUUGAGAGGUGUGUUGCAUCCAGUUUGUCCCCCUAAUCAUCGUGGAUGGCUUCUUCACAUGGGAUAUGAACCUUUGUGUUGUUUCCAAGUUCUAGUGUGGACCGAUUCCCCCUCAUCCCACGGCUGCACCUCAAACUAAUUCACAAUUCCAGCCCCACCCUUUACUUUUGGUGCAGGCCAGCUGCACCCGGGUUAGCUUUUCUUGGAAGAAACCUUCUGUCAAGGUUUCUUCCCCACUCUGAACUCUAGGGUACAAAUGUGGGGACCUGCAUGAAAGACCCCUUAAGCUUAUUUCUACCAGCUUAGGUUAAAACUUCCCCAAAGCACAAAGUCUUUGUCCUUGGAUUAGGUAAAAUGCUGCCACCACCAAGUGUUUUAGACAAAGAACAGGGAAAAGACCACUUGGAGUUCCUAUUUCCCCAGAAUAUCCUCCCAAGCCCUUACACCCCCUUUCCUGGGGAGGCUUGAGAAUAAACAAGAUGAGCACAAACCCCUUGGAUUUUUAAGACCCAGAAAACCCAAUCUGAUUCUUAAAAUCAGAACUUUAUUAGAAGAACAAAGAAAAGAUAAGAGAAUCUUACAGGCAGUCAGAUUCAAAACAUAGAGAAUCCCUCCAAGCAAAACCUUAAGUUACAAAAAGACACACAAACAGGAAUAUACAUUUCCUCCAGCACAGUGAAUUUACAAGCCAAAACAAAGAAAAUCUAACGCAUUUUCUAUCUAGAUUUCUUACUAACUUCACAGGAGUUGAAGGGCUUGCAUCCUUGAUCUGUUCCCGGCAAAGAUUUCACACAGACAGACAAAAACCUUUUUUCCCCCCCUCCAGCUUUGAAAGUAUCUUGUCCCCUCAUUGGUCAUUUUGGGUCAGGUGCCAGCGAGGUUACCUUAGCUUCUUAGCCCUUUACAGGUGAAAGGAUUUUGCCUCUGGCCAGGAGGAAUUUUUUAGCACUGUAUACAGAAAGGUGCUUACCCUUCCCUUUAUAUUUAUGAUACCUUCCCUAAAGAGACAUUCCUGUUUCAUGGAGGGGGUCCCAAUGUGAAGAAACAGCACUUUUGUCUCAUUGAGAACUGUGUCAGAAUUGCAGACAGGUCUCUCAGCCUUCUGAUGGCUGCUGCUGCAUCUUGAGGAAAAGUGACAUCAUUUGUGAUUCUGUCAGUUUGGGAGCACGAACAGUCAGAAAUCUAUUUAAAAACAAAACAAAACACCUUUCAGACGCACAGUGUGUGUCUAUAAAAAUGUUACUUCCCAAUACAAUCUUCCUGUGUGGAUACUCUGAUGAAUCGCUUUUGGCAAGCACCCUUUCACAUCACUCUGAAAUGGGGUCAUCUGUCUUACAGAGGAUGUGGCGGGAAGAAAAGGCUUUUUCAGAGAAGUAGUAUUUUCUAGGCAUCUGUGCACAUAAUUGGAAGCCAGGAGCCCUAGAGUGCUAAUCCGGACUCAGACGCUAACUUGCUGGAUGGCUUUGAACAAGUCACAUAACUGAUCUGUGCCUCAGUUUCCCCAUCUGUAAAAUGGGGCUAAUAAUACUUACCUACCUCACAGGGAUGUUGAGGCUUAAUUCAUUAAUGUUUGUAAAAUGCUUUGAAAAUGUAAGCCAUUAGGUGAGGAUUAAUUAUUACUGUUGAUUUUUAAAUGUUCAGCAUUCAUGUUUCUGCCUGGUGCUAGAUUUUAGUUGUAUUUAACUUCUUUUAAAUAAAAAACCCUUUUUCUUAA